CUUAAAAUGGACACAAUAAAGAACUUUGCAAAUAACUUUACAAAUAGAGAUUAAAAUAAAAAUACUAAUGGUAAAGUAAUUCCUUUAGAAGAUAAGGAUAAAGAACCAUUAUCUGUAAAGCGUCCCUUAGUAAGGUAAUAAUAUUAGGAUAAUGAAGUAUGGCUGAUGAGUUAUAAAUGGCAGCAAGUAAAGGACUUUAAAAGUUAAUACAAUCUGUAGAUAAUGCAAAAGCAGAUGUAAGAUAAGGUUUUAGUUAAUUGGAUGAUAAGUAAUAAAUAUAUUAAUGGGAUAGAUUAAAACUGAUGUUAAAGUAGUAUACCCAUUAAAUAAAUGUUUGGGCAAGAUCAAAGGUGUUAUCAUCAGUAAUCAUAGUAAUUGAGAAAUUUAGACCAACAGUUAAAGAAGGAUUGAAAGAUCCCGAUAUGUGUUAAUGUGUGAAGAAUUUAGUAUUUAAUAAAUAUAAAUAAAUAGAUUGAUGAUACUGUUGAUGCAACAUGGCCUGAAAUAGUAGAUGAAGUUAAAUAUCAAUUAAUGUUGUAAAUAGCAGAUCCUUAUACUGAAAUAGAAGAAAAGAAAUAAACUAUUGCGUUUCUUUAUCCUUUUGUUUGGGUAAGAAAUUGGUAUCUCUAUUCAAAUUAUCCAUUUGAUAGAAGUGUUUGGAGAUAAUAUAAAACAAUGUAUUUAUAUAAAUAAUUAAAUUAGUUCAUAUUGGUUUUGGUAUUUAGUAUCAGCAAUUCCAUUUUAUGGUAUAUCGUAAUAUUUCUAUGUUUUGGAUUUCAUAAUGAUUGAUAAAGGAGAUGAAUAUUAAUUAGUGAAAUUCAUUUUAAGUUUUAAAACGUAAAUAAUAAAAAUAUAUUAUAAUAGUAUGUUCUUUAUAACUUAAGGUGUUAUGAAAGCAUUAAUUGGUUAUUUUAUGUUAUAUGCAUGUACAACAAUGAAUUAUAUUGAUAAUACUUAUAAAGAAGAUUGUACAAGAAAAGGACCAGGAGCAAGCAUAGAAGUUUUUUCAGAAGUUAUUGGAUAAGUAGCAUAAGUAAUUCUUAUUUGGUUGGCAUUUUUCUUUUUGACAUGUUCCAAAUAAAAGGGAAAACCAGUAUUUUAAUAUGAUGAUACUCCUUAAGUAAAGGAAGGAUGUUUUGAAAGAGGAGGACGUUUAAAAUAUUUUAUGUUUUGGGAUAUAUUUGCUUUAGGAGCUAGUGUUGGACUAUUUUGGUUAGUCUAUUUAACAUAAAAUAUACGACCUAAUUUUGAUAAUUCAGGAGAUUUCGUAAUUUUCAUUAUUUAAUUAAAAUAGAUUUAUUUUACUGAAAUUUGUUAUGGAAUGCUUAGUUUUCCAUUUCUAAUUUUUAAUGUGCCUUUUGUUAAUGGAAGAUUAACAAAAGCUAAAGAAACUGCAUAUGAUAGAAAAGGAAAUUGUAUACCUGCUAUUGAUGGUUUAAGAAAAUAAUUAAAAACUAAUCAAGAAGACGAAACUAAUCUUUUGUUAAAUACUUUAACUAUUGAUGUUGGAGAAGUAUUUGAUGGUUGA